AUGGCCUUCCCGUCCGGGGUGAUGAGAGCGACCACCUGCACGCGACCUGUGGUAGCCUACGUUGCCAAGGAUGAUCAAAACUACGGCAGCGCAAACUGCGCUUGUGACGCGAUGCGAGGCCAGCUUGACGUCUAUUUCCCCAAGGAGGACUUCAACUCGUACAAGUCCGCGAUGUCUUCGAUCAACAACCAUUUAACCGGGCAUGCUGAGCCGCCUUGCGUCGUGCUUCCGACGAGCGAGGGUGACGUCAUUAACGCGGUCAAGAUUAGCAACAAGCACAAAGCGAAAGUCACCGUGAUGGGCGGCGGUCACUCUGCAGUGAGCUCAUCUGACCUGGCGAUCCUCAUCAGCAUGAAGGUGCCCGCGAUGCAAAGCAUCAACUUCGAACCAUUGUACAGUCGCGUUAGGGGCGUCACUCUCAUCACUCCGGACGGCGAAAAGCACGAGCUCUCCGAGUCGUCGCAGGGCAAUGACGCUGAUCUCUGGUGGGGCGUGCGCGGCGCGGCGCCGCAGCUCGGCAUCGUGACCAGCGUGACCAUCGAGACGCGCACACUUCCCGACCCAUACCGCUCGUUGUUCUCGCUGGACGCCAUAGCGCUGCCCAUGAAGACACUCCUCAUGAAGAACUUCCUGGAGCAGUCGGCAACGGCGCCAGAUGACACGAGCCUCAACAUGGUCGUAGGGGUGGCCAUGGACAAGAAUAAAUGGCAGUGGCAGCGCGUGCAGGCGUUCUACGCGACAGGCAACGGCCUGGUGCAGUGGGACCCAAGCUGUACGUGCUCCGCGUGCAAGGUGCAACAGUCGGAGUGCUCGAAACAGUCGGCAGAGCCCGCCCAACGGGCUCUCAACACGCUCCUCAAAGAAAGCGGAGAAGCGGAGGCAACAGAGGGUUACACUUGCGACCCGGAAUCGUCCUCCCACACGUACUACACACCGGGUCUCGACUUCGGCCCCCACACCGGCACCAAGAGUAACCGGCUCACAAAGGUCUACUCGACGCCUGACUACCUCGUCAACGCGUUGGACUUUGCGUUCCCCCCAUUAGACUUUGCGAAGGACACGAGUGACGCCAGCAAAUUCUUCGGCGCUGGAAGCGUCGACAAGAGGGUGUUCUGGGGCAAGCCACCCUCGCCCGAUCUCGAGCCUGGCAUGGCCCUUGGGGGAUGCCAACCCCCCCUCUACAAGACGACUUGCCGGUCUUACCUUGCCUUUGAGAUCCAGAGCAUCAUCAUCAAGCUGAACGAUCCCAAGAGCAGCAGUGACAUCGCCCAGCUCUUUUACGACGCCCUCAUUGAGCUGGGCUCUUACAACACAAGCGGCAAGAUCGAGUCGGCCAACAUCGCGCUGCAGCAUACCGGCGGCAACGUCGAGAAGACCGACAGCAGCAGCAUGGCAUACUUCAACCGCAAGCAAGACUGGGGCUGCAGCAUCACGUGCGCCUACUAUCAGGACGUCAAAGACCCCCAGUCCGCCGACAAUUUGUCCAAUGAAACCACAUGGGACGGAGGCAACUGCGCCGAUUGGGUAGCUGCCUUGGUCGAUAAACUCGACCCCAAAGGCGUCUACAUCGUGGACACGAAGCCGUGGGUGAAAAACACAGAGUGGCAGGUCAAGCGCGCAUUCGGUGACAACCUCGACCGCCUCUGCAAGCUCAAGCACGAAGUCGACACCAAGAACAUGUUUGGGGGCGCAAUGCUGGAUGGGUGCCCCCGGUAG